AUGGACCACAACAUAGGAAGAGACGAAGAGAAGCACGGGAAUGCCAUCGAGGGGAUCACGGUCGACUCGUCCAGCGAGGAAGUCCCCACGCCUUCCAAGACGGGCAUCCUGGCCAAGUUGCGCGGGUUCGAGGCAGCUCUGGAUCGCAAGCUAGGGGUUGAGUCGCAGAGCAUCCAGCGCAGGCUGCCGGAAGACAGAGACCCCUUCUACGCGCGAUGGUCAAGCCAACUGACCUUGGUAGGGUUUUGGGCUGGCGGCUGUUUUAACUUGGGCUCUUUCGCGACGGGCUUCCUGGGUUGGGAGUUGGGCCUGGAUCUAAAGCAAAGCAUCUUGAUCAUCGUGUUCGGUACCUUUCUGGGCGGGUCUGUCACUAGUUGGUGCGCAACUAUGGGAGCCCCAACAGGCCUUCGUCAAGUCUCGAUCUGUCGAUACUCCUUUGGCUGGUACCCAUCCAAAGUCAUCGCCAUACUCAACGUCAUCCAGCAGAUCGGGUGGUGUGCAUCCGGCUCGAUCACCGGCGGACAAGCCCUUUCAGCCUUCUCGGACGGCAAGGUCGGUACUCGAGUCGGUGUCAUCAUACUCAGUGUAGUGAGCCUGAUCUUCUCCUUCUUCGGGUUAACAGCAGUGUAUCGAUUUGUGAAGUACGCCUGGGUGAUUUUCUUGGCCAUCUUCCUAAUCAUGCUGGGGGAGUCGGCCAGGUCCGGCGAUCUUUCCGCUCCGCCAACGGCUGUCGGGGUCUCCGGGUCCGGAGCUGCGCUGUCAUACUUCGGCAUCAUGUACGGCUCAAGCGCCUGCUGUGCGGGAUAUGCGUCAGACUUCUAUGUCGAGUACCCGGCAACCGUCUCCAAAGUCAGGAUUUUCAUGCUGACUUUCGUAGGUCUUUUCACAUCGGUGGUGCUCGCUACUGUGGCUGGCGCAGUAGUCGCCUCUGCCUUACCAAACAAUCCAGAUUGGAAUGCCGAGUACGAAGCUGGGAUUGGAUUCAUAAUCCAGGCCAUAAUCUACCCAUAUGGACUCGCCAAGGUGAUCCUGUUCAUAUCAAUGUUCACCUCGGUGGGCUUGAAUUGCGCAUCAAUGUAUAGCGCCAGCCUUUCACUUCAACAAUCAGCCCAUGCGAUAGCUGCAGUACCAAGGUUCAUUUGGACAUUCCUCUGCUUUCUCGCCGUGGUUGCGUUGAGCUUGGCUGGCAGCGAUCGGCUCUUGGUUUUCCUCCAGAAUUUUUUGAGCUUAUUGGGUUACUACGCCACAGCCGUUUUUGUCUGUUUAAUCUCCGAACACUACAUAUUCCGCCGUGGCUCCUUCGAUAAUUACAACCUGGAGGCUUGGAACAAAUCUGAAGUGCUGCCGGCCGGUUAUGCUGCCGGGUUGGCUUUUGUUAUUGGUAUAUUUGGAGCUAUUCUUGGAAUGGACACAACUUGGUAUACUGGCCUUGUUGCUAAGUUGAUAGGAGACUCUGGUGGUGACGUUGGGAACGAACUUUGUUUCAUGUUGACCCUGAUGGUAUAUGUACCGGCUCGAUUCAUGGAAAGGAGACUUGUGGGGAGAUAG